AUGUCUGUUUCUGCUUCUCGCUCUUUUCUUUCUGUUAUUCUCCCUCUCUCUUCCCUCUGUCUCUUCCUCUCUUUCUCUGUUCCUUCCUCUUCUUUUACUCUCUCUCUCUCUCUCUCUGUCGCUCUCUCAUUCUCGUCUCGCUCUUGUUCUUUGGUCCUUUCUCUCUCUUCCUCCUUCUCCCACCCUCUCUCACUUUCCUUUUCUGACUCUAUCGUUCUCCUCUGGAUCGCUCGAUCUCUCCUCUGCUCAUCUCUCGCAUGCCUUCUCUCUCUCCCUCCCUCUUCUAAGACUCUCUCUUGUUCCCCUCUGUCUCCGCCCUCUCAUUCUCCUCUUGUUGUCUCUCGCUCUUGUUUAUCUCUCUCUCUCUCUCUCUCUCUCGCUCUCUCUCCUUCUCUUCCUCUCUCCCUUUUCUAUCUCUGUCGUUCUCUCUCUUAUUCUGGAUUGACCAUCCAUCGCACCUGUUUCCCGCUUUCUCUCUCUCUCUCUCUCUCUCUCUCUCCGUCUUUGUCCUCUUUUGCACUCUCCUUCUCUUCCUCUCUAACACUCUCGCUUCUGUCUGUUACCUGGAUUGCUCGAUACCUCACACUGUCCAUCUUUCGCAUACAUCUUCUCUCUCUCUCUUUCUCUCUCUCUCUCUCUUCAAACCUCUCAAACUCCUCUCUGCACUCCAAUACAGGUUGCGAUGGUAAAUUUUAA